UUAUUUUGUUUUGCUGGACAGAGAAACAGAUAAACCAGACCCCGCCUAGUCGCCUCUGCAGAUAAGAACGGCCUCCGCGAUUUCACGGAUCUCAAGCAGGGCCCGAGGCGCUGAGGUCAGCAGAGUCCGGUGAACGAACACCGCUUGAGGCCCAGCGCCCGCAGAAGGAGGGUUUUAUUUAACUUUGUUUUGUUUGGUAUUAUUUUGUUUUCUGACAAAGUGAUCUGUAGUCGCAACCUGGGGUUCUGGCAGGCAAAAUCCUUUCCAUAGCGUCGGGCGAUGGCCUGCAGGGACACCACGGUGUCUGCCGCUCUGUCCCUCCGCCUGUCCCCGGAGCGCACGCACACCCGGGGCGGGGGCUGUCACCGAGACCAGCGGUCAACUAAACGCAGUUGGCCAGGUGCAGCCCAGUAGCUCCCUCUCUAGGUGGGACACAAAAUGAUGCCAUCGAGGUUCUAUUGGAUGCAGCAACCCCAACGUGAUCCCUGCCUGGAGAAGCAGAGUUUGCGCGGGCUGUUGACACAGAGCAGGGGAGCGCGCCCGAGACCUGCGUGGGCUACUAGUGUGAGUUCCAAGUCCCCUUCCUGAUGCUGCCCCGCCGCUUUCUUGGGCACAGCAGGGACGGUUGUAGGUCUCGUCUAACCAGAGCGACGAGGAUCCAUCCAUUCCUGCCUGUCGUUGGCUCGGGCGGAGGGGCUGGGCUUCUUGUGCACAGAGGAAGCUCCCGGCUCUAAAGAAACCACCUCAGGCCUUGGCCUUGGAACAUCAGGUCCUAGCCAUCAGUGAGCCAUUUUCAAAGCUGCUAGAAUGAAGAAAACCAAAACAGCAAAAAUCCUUGGCUGUGGACAAAGAAAACGAGAAAGGAAGAGGUUGAAGGAGAAGCAGAGAGCUGGAUGGUGAGGAAGACCUUAAGCAUUUUUUUGCCCAUAGGAGGAGAACUAGGUGUAAAAAGAUCCAUCAACAUCACAGGGCACUGAUUGCUCACCCUGUUCGGGGAGCCCCAAGCAGGCUGAACCUCCCUUUUUAGCUCCUAUGAAGGCAGAAAAUAACAAAAAAUACAAUCUCUUUCACCCCCCUCCAACCCCAAAGGAAACACUUUACUGUAUAGCCAUGAAAUGCUCUAAAGAUGUUUUCAAAAUUACAGGGAGUGUAGGUGGUUCUUUGAACCAUUCUUCUGCUGUGUAACUUAAGCUUCAAGUUAUCUCCUGCUUUCCACAACUGCCACUCCACUGUUAACAGCAGUUCCAAAAGGAGUAGCAAAGAUUUUUUAAAAGGUAAUUAAGUAGAAUUAAAUACUCGUAUAUCUUCCAUGAAAUACCGUAUUUCUUGCAAGACUUCCCUACACUUGGAACAAAAUCUAAAGUCAACAUGUACAUAAAAUGCAUAAACUACUCUACUUACAUAAAUCAAGUUUUGUACCCCCAAACACAACAAAUGCUGGUUUCUGUCUUUCCAGAUAGGACAACCACCAGGAGAAGCCCUCCCCUGGGAGAAAGGCAAAGGAAGGCAGAGAAGGGCGCAUGGGGGAUCAACUUUUUAGAUGGAGUAAAAUGUCCCAAUUUCAUCUGCUGAAACCUGAAAGGGCAUAUGUUUACAAUCCUGUUCCUACCUAACCCAUUUGUAAAAGUCGCAUCAGAAAUCACCAAUUUCUCCAGUUCAGUUAAAACGCAAUCCUUUGGGAAGUUGGGGGAGGGGGAGGGAUAUUUUCCAAAAUUCCUUCUGGGAAAUCUGCUACCAGAAAUCUGCCGUUUAUUUCGAGACCUGCUACAGAAAUCUGUCCUCGCUCGGUCAGCCACCUUCCCUGCUUCCGUGUGCUUAGAUUAAGUGUUCGCCGAGGGGUUUAUAAAUCAAAAUCAGUAGGGAGUCUAUAUUCAUGAAAGCCUCUGAUCUGAUUACACCUCCUGCCCUCCAUUCCUCCCCUACCCGCUUCUUGGACAAAGUUAAAAACGCCAGCCGGGGCCUCCCAGCGUAGCCCGCGUCGGCUGCGGGCGGCUGCAGGCCCGGCGGCCCGGAGACGGCGGCCCGGGCGCUCGUGGAUUAGAAUGUGGAUUGCAGGACAGAGCUUUGUUUUGGUCACAGUCGCGACGCGGCUGGGGGGCAGGGUCGUCUUCCUGAGAGAUCGCGCUAGGUUUUUAUGGACUCACCUUAAAAGGGCUCGCCGCUCUUCCCUGGGUUAAUUUAUAGGGCUUUCUAGGAAUAUUAGGAUUUUUUUUUUCAAAGACGCUGUUUCUUAUUUUCCUAUUCAUUUGUUUGGAUUACACGCCUAAAAGAAUCUCUGGGUUUCAGCACCUCCUAGGAAGAGGGUGGGGUGAGAGCCAGAGCAGGCCAGGGAGGGGAAGUGGGUUUGCCCCCUCAUCAAACGGCUUUCACGGCUCAGGCUUCCCAAUACGUUGUUUUAAAUUCAUUUUUUUUUUUAAAUCAAGUUGUACACAGCAAGACUCCGAUUUAGGAAGCGGGAGGAAAUCGAUGCCCACGCGGGCUGUAGACACCUUGCUCCAGAUCUCCGCCAAUCUGAAGGCAGCACGAAGGGAAUGACAAGUGGGAGGCCUUGGGAAAGUUUUAAAGCUUUUUAAAAAGUGAAAUGAAAACCCAGGGAUGGGCCAGAGGGAACGGAACCGGAGGUGCGCAGAGUGGCCGGCGGCCGGGCGUGCGUGCGUGCGCGGAGGGCAGUGGAGGAACAGCGGGAGAGGUUACGCUUCGUCCCUCGGAAGUCCAGCGAAAGGAGCCGAGAUUGAUGGGUUUCCUCGCGUCGAGUUCUGUCUGCGCAAAGCAACUAGGCCGAAAUCCACCUCCUGUACCCAGAGCUCGAAAGUCACUCUCGGCGCGACCUGCAGGAGACGCAAAUCCUGCCGGCAAGUUUCGGCGGUGCUUCUAGCCCCCAUCCCCAAAUCCCCUCUCCCAGUCCCUGGCCUUCCCUCCCCCUCCCCCUCCCCCUCCCCGCCCCCCGACCGGGCGGAGGCGCGGGGAGGCCGGGCCCCCCGGGCCCCUCGGCUCCAGAAGCCAAAGUCCGCCCGUGGGGACCGUUUUCCUCUCCACUGCUCUCAAGUGAACAACAAGGACGGAGGUGACCCUCGUCCAAAGGGCUUUCAUCUGACCCCCACUGCCGCGUGAUCCCGCCAAGUUGGUAGCAGAGCUUUGAAAAGAGAGAAAGAAAGUUAAUGUGCGCUGAGCACUGAUCUUAAAUCGGGGACAUUAUCUUCCAUCUCCUUAAGUGGCAGCAGCAGUUCCUCGCCGAACAAAGACUCAGUGUCUGAGUUCUCCCAAAGCUUCUAGGUAGCGUUUCGGUGAGAUAAGAGCAACCUCAGCGCGAAAACACAGGUUUUCUCAGCUCCAGAAAACUGGUGGCGGCUGCCCUCCGCUCUCCAGUCCUCCGGGUGGUGUUUGUCCUGGCCCACUGGGGGGCUGGGGGCGGGGAUGACAAGGAUAACAAAGGACCUCAGCCCCCACCCCCACCCAAUCCUCCCUGGGCUGCGGUGCUGAGUAUUUGCUACAAUUUGUUCCGAAAUCAAAUUUCACUUAAAAAAAAAAAAAAAGCUGAAAAUCACCUAUAGAGGAGUGAGCUGGAACUUGAAGUUUUUAAAAACUCUCACGCGGACCUCCUUCCCGGUUUAGAUGUCAGACGACGGGAGGGAGGGCCGGGGCUGUAAUUCAUCUUGAUUUGCUUCAUUGUCCUGUAGUUUGCAAACUAUAAUCCUGUAUAAUUUCACGAACAAGCAGGUUUAGAAUUAAUGGGUCAAUAUUAUUUAAAACGAAACACAGGGAGCAUGACCUUUGCCUCAACUACAUAUUGCUGGACAAGACUCAGGAAGCUCCACUCUAACCUCUCAACCCCUGGGCUCUUUGAGAAACUGAAGGGCUGUGGUUAUUAGAAAUGGUCUUUGUUUCUUUUAAUGUCUCCAAAGGAUUUGGAAAUAGCAAUGCAAUAGAACAUGAAGGAUCUCUCUACUUAAGUCCAAAAGAUAAACGCGGAGGCCUAAAUAUUUUGAACUGGAGGUGUUCCCUUGUAAAUUUAUGAUAGAUGGACUCCUUGUGAGAGGAAUGUAUAUAAACUGUACAUUUAUACCUGCUCAUGUAUGUCUCCAGAACAACUUCUGGAGGGGCAGGCUUCCCCCCUAAAGGAGUAAACUUGAGAGUCAUUCGAAGCCGGCAGUAUUUUCUCAAUAUUUCUCCUUUUUUCUCUCUUAUGUUAUUUGCUAGCAAUAAAGGAAUCCUCUGGGUUUAAGCCAAAGAAAAAUCUGAAAGACAAGACCAGACUUUGAAUCCCCUCCCCCCCUCACCAGUGCCCUUUUUUGGUUAGCUUUUUGAUGAAUGGCUAUAAUUUAUUUCUAUCACAUUUAAAUAAGUGCUGCUGCCUUGUCUGUUUAACUGGGCAGGCAGUGGGAACUGGUUUGUUUAGGAGGCAGUGGCUGAGACGCCCUGUCCAGGUGACAGAGGAGAGCAGAAAGAAUCCAGACCGAUUUGUAUGCAGUAUAUUUUACUCCCAUGAAAUAAAACACAUUUUUUUCAUAUUUGCUGAAAAGUAAAACAAUAAUAUUGUACGAAAUGUUAUACACAGGGUAGGUUGUACAUAGCAGUUUCAGAAACAUCAUUGCAUCCACCAGAGAAACUAUUCUAAAACUGAUAUUCACACAUUUUUUAUAAUAAUAAUAUGUUAGAAACAUACAGUGUGGCAUUUAGUAUAUACAUUCCCUUGCUCGCAAGCGAAAAAUCCUAAUCGCUUCGGUAUAACAUGCUUUAUUUUAAAGCCUAACCUUUAAAAACACUGUUGUGAUAUUACUAACAACUGCUUUUAUAAAAUUAAUUUGACAUUUCGAUAUAUA